CGUACGGCAGUGCGUUGAUUUCCCUCGGAGGCUCGAGGAUAACACGCUCUUCGCUUCGCUCGCUCAACAUCGCCGCCGCGGCUCUUUUUUUCCCUCCUCUCUUUCUCUCUUCACGUCUAUCUGUCUCUGUUUCUCUCACUCGUUUGCGUACGCAACAACAGUGCUACACGCGCGUGUGUGAUAUGCGGCUGCCGUGCAUGGAUUGCUCUGCCGAGGGCCUGUAGUUUCGUCGACGCAGGAUACGAUAGCGUAUAGAUACAGUGUGUGCUCGAGUAUACAUGAUAAAUUAUUUGUAUCAUACGUUGUACAGUGAAUUUUUUUCAUGACCCUGUGUGUAAAGCAGUGUGCCCGGCGUAUAAGAUAUAGAGAGUGAUAUAGAUAUAUAGCAUAGCGCGUGUGCGAGAAGGAAACGUGCGUUUGGUGCUGCGCGCGGCUCGUUGCAACUUGCGACGAUACGGAAGGGAGAGAAGAGGACGAAGCGAAGAGAAGAAACGCGGCAAGUCAACUGCGUGCCGUCGUUGGUACUGCCUGCUCUACGCAACCGAUCGAUACGCACCUCUAGGUGAGUUACGUGUCCACUACCUAAAAAACUGCUUUUGCAAAGUGAGUUAUUGAUUCGCGGGACGUACCAGUCGCUUAUACCGAGGCAAAAAUGGGCUGCUUCGGGAGCAAGGACAAGCUGAGCAAGGAAGACAUGGACUUCCUCAAGUCCCACACGAGAUACGACGAGGCCACCAUCAAAGAGUGGUACAAAGGAUUCAAACAAGACUGUCCGAACGGCAGACUGACGCCAGCCAAGUUCGUCGAAAUGUACAAAAUGUUCUUUCCGUCGGGGAACGCCGAGGAGUUCUGCGACCACGUGUUCCGCACAUUCGACAUGGAUAAAAAUGGCUACAUCGACUUUAAGGAAUUUUUACUUGCGAUCGACGUCACGUCUAGCGGAACGCCUGAAGAGAAACUGAAAUGGGCGUUCAGAAUGUACGACGUCGACGGAAACGGCGUCAUAGACAUCGAGGAAAUGACGAAGAUCGUUCAGGCGAUAUACGACAUGCUGGGCGCAUCCUCGAGCAACAGGCCGGCGGAUAGCGCGGAAGAGCGAGCGAAAAACAUCUUCGCCAAGAUGGACGAGAACAACGACGGUCAGCUGACGCAGGAAGAGUUCCUCAAGGGCUGCUUGCAGGACGAGGAACUGUCCAAAAUGCUGGCGCCUUAAUUGCGAUAUAGCAGCCAAAGAGCCAUCACCUACUCUACAGCACAGACGAGUCGCGAGAGUAAGCCGCGCCCGCCGCGCGAUCCGAGCCCGCGCCUGUUCAUUAUCCACAUGCUGCGAAAUAUUAUAAAUAUAUGAAUAUACUCUAUACGACUUCCCAACUGCGUACCGAUAUGCGAGAGAAGAGAGUUCAGUGGAUUACGUCGAAAAGCUAACAGGAAAAAAAGAGUGACGAGUGACCGUUCGUCCGCGUGUUUUUGAGGUUAUGUUAGGUCGCAUCAGCGAACCAUUGUCUAGACGCUUCGCAGGGCGAGUAGGUUCGUUGCGUUGGCUUAAAAAACAGGUUUCAAACCGACGUAAGGACUUUUCCGUGACGCUACUCGACACAGGUGGCGCUACUAGGAAAUUCCAAUACACACAGUCGUCGGACGAGCGGUUAAAGUUUACAUAUAAAUAGACGAGGAAUUUACGACACGAUGAUGAUGAAAAACGACAAUGAUAAUACAAGUGUCAGGGGCACGCGCGCGCUACACCUCUUUAUUGUUAUACGCGAUUAUAUAUACAUGUAAAACAAAAUGUAAAACAAAGACUUCUUGACGUCACGCCACAUCGAUUUUAGCCGGUCUGUAACCGUCCGGGAGACGGUCGGACCAUCGUAAAUAUUAUUAUUACUAUGAUUAUUAUUAUUACCAUUAUUAAUCAUUAAUAAGCCGAAUACGCACCUUCCAGAACUUAAGAACAAAUUUUUGUAAAAUCACAUUCGUUGUAAAAUAAGAGUAAUAACAGCCACACAUAUUUACACACUUUAAGACACUAAAAAAGAAAUAUGUAUAACUCGUAUGUAAUGGAAUCUUGCGAAACCGUCGAAGGCCCUCUGUCCUCGACUGUUUCGUUCGGUUCGUUUUUACUUUUAAUUUUCUUCGUAUAUACUUGUAUGUUUUGAUUUUCUACGUUGGUAAAAAAAAGAAAAAUGAUUUUCCUUUAUAAAAUCAUUUAACAUACAUUUAAAAAGUCUAUAUAUAGAUAUACUAACGUUAUAGUUCAUUGCGUCGUAAAAUCAAGCAAAUUGUCGUCGCUUCUCUGCCAUAAAAAAAGGAACGAGUGAAUGGCCAUAUUCUCAUCAUCACACAAAUCGUCCACUUUUCGUUGUACGCGCCGUCAUAUAUAUCUUCAAUCGCUCGUUCGAGACUCCCGAUUGUCUCGUUGAUUUACGUCUAGAUCGCAAUGUAACGUAUAAUAUACUUAUAAGAUGCUCGUAUCACUACCAGUAUAAACAUACGCACACGAUCAACAAGUUGGUUUCUCAAUUGCAAGACUAUAAAGAGAAAUAUCAACUCUUGACAAUUUCGAAGCUCGACAAGAACGUAUACAGAGCCGACUGGGCUGUAAAUUAUCGGACAAUUGGAAUCUCGAAGUCUCGAGCACGAAGUGAACUCUCAAAACUGAUCUCGUCCAAGUGUCACACUUUUCACGCCUUAUACAAUCUGUCUAUAGCUCUUGCGUAGAACACAACUUUUCCAGCCCUCAUUUUGCUUGGCGUGCACGCACAACCAUCGGUAUAAGGACGUGCGAUCGAACUAACAGAAAUGAAGGAAAUAGGAACGAUCGGCUAUCCCGUCUUUUCUCGAUCUUCUGUAAACUAUAGGAGUAACAAAGAAAAAUAACGCCGGGCGCUAUACGGGUGCUCGAACCUUUUCAAGGAUAUAAGGAAAAAUAAUGAAUAAAUAAUUACAAAAAAAACUAUCUCUAUACGCUAUGCGCUUAGAAUUAUUACUAAUUAAAUAUGAAGAAAAAAAAUCGUUACGUAGCUGAAACAUAUGAGAAAAGAGUAAGGGAGAGAAAGAGCAGCGAGUAGGAGAAAGAUAAUUGCAUUUAUAUAUACAUACAUUAAAUAAACGAUCUAUAAAUUAUACAUCUAAACAAUCGCGUUUUACCUAUAAUUGUCUUUACAUAGACUCGUAAGUUUCUAUAAAUGAAGCUCUGUAUAAGUCAGGCUAAGGAUAUUCCAAGUAUAUCGUAUAAUAUCGAGGCACUCAAAAACAUAUUUUAUAUUUUGAUAAAUCCCAUGCGCGAAUUCUCGCUUCUAACUCGCAGACCAGACACGUACUUACAUACACACAUUAACAUAGACUAUACUAUCCGUACGCAACUAUACUGUACUAAAACUACUCUGUACUUUCAUCCGUGUUCACCUCCACUUUCCUCGACUACUUAUGUAUAUCUAUAAUUUUGUGAAUAAUCAAUCUCAUCGUCUAAUCUUAGAGGGUCACGAUCCACCGUUUUACGGAAUAAUUUUUCAACUCUCUCGAUGUCUGCUCGAUGAAGCGAAGCCGAAAAAUAAGGUUACUCUUCGAUUAUAAAAAUAAUAAUAACGUACACACCUCAUGACAGCUCUCUGCGAGUCUCGAGACGACUAAACGCAGUCGAUAGACUUGUAGCAAUCUAUUAGUGAUAUAGCCUUCGACCAAUUGCAUGUUUUAUAGUUAGGAAAAUCUGCGAUGAGGGAGAGACAGAGGAAAAGUGUAUAAUGUCGGCGGUUCUAUUUGUUAACAGAUUAUCAUCGAGUCUUCGCCAUUAUUAUUUAUUUUCUUCAAAGUUCAGUGUCCUUAUUUUGGUCAUGUACUUGAAAAUUAAGAAUUCACGCAUGAAACGCAUAAUGAGUCCAAGCUAUUACAUUUUCGUUUCCGGAUCAAUUUAGAACAAAAGCGUUGUUGAUUUUACAGCAUUAUUUUCAUCGUCGAAGACGUUGAAUUAACAUACAAAAAUACAUUCUUCAAGGGUCAAGCCGAGUGGAAUAACGAUGUGAAAAUACGACCCGUCGCAUUUCCUUAGGUCAUAGGUACAUAUCAUCGCGUCCUUCUACAUGACACGCGCAUCGCAUAUACAUAUAUACAUAAAUAUAUAUAAAUAUUCAUACCUCCACACACACUCUCUCUUCACGUAUAUGAAAUACCUUAUACCGAGUGAGACGGAUAAGAAAGAUAAAAAUAUUGUGAAUUUACUAUCUUCUAUAUAUAUAUACGACGAUAUGUAUAGUUUUACAGGCCGCUUUUAUCGUAUAUAAUUAUACUAUAUACUACGCGUAUAUAAUAAAAGCUAUAUACAUCUAAUCAAACUAUCAAGUCAAUUUUCAAUAAAAAAAACUGCUGGACCACAAGAGUCCACGCGUCUCUUUGUCAAAAAAUUUCUCGAGCACCUCAUGAUCCUCGCCUCGACGAGAGAAAGACAUUCCAAAAUAUUAUACACACGUAUAAGCAUUCCGUUCGAUUAUAAUUUAAAAUUGAGAACAGGCGAUACACAAAAAUUUGCAUCAUCCCUUUUUGUUCUCUGAAAAAUAUACGUGCAUACACACGGCCACAGUAAAACUCAUUUGAAAUUCAAAUCCAAAAUUAAACGCACAUUCGAGGAAAAGGAUUCCCUAUUUUCCAUUUGGUUCGCUGUAAUCAACGGAUGCAAAAAGCCACGACACAGAGAAUCUCGGGCUCGGAAAUAAUAAGCGAGCCGCCCAGAAAGUCGAGCAUUGACAAUCGAAUUAGAAAACGGUCCGAGACAGCAAGCUCAAAUCGGAGCCGAGAGACAUACGGAAAUAAGGAAGGGAUAUGCUUAUGCGAGAGCUGAAUAGUUGAAAAGACGCAGAGGGAAUGUCAAUUGAACACUUUUGCAAUAUAAUUACGAGGAAAGGGAAAGUAAGAGAGGUUAUAUAGGCCAGUGUACUUAUGUGUUGUGCAGCUCUCAAGCAAACUGCGCUAUUUUUUAUACUUUAUAUUUUUCUACUCAACGUGCGACCGUUUGAUGGGGAGAAUCCCUGAUUAAAAAAUUUUUUUUCAAUAAGUUUGCUUAUAUUACAAUUUUUCCUCUCGUUCACUCGAAGCUCGUUUCGUUCCACACUUUUAUGUCUAUUCUUUUACGAGCCACAGUAUAAGCCAAAUGUUUCGGAAAAACCUUUUUCUUAUACGAAUUUCACGCACCAACGAUUUUCGCGCGAUAAUUUUAUCCCGCGCUUUUUAGCGUCGUUACGCAAACCCUUAUUUAAUAUUCCAACACAUCGUGUGUGCGAUAUAAGCCUCGCGCCGCGAGUCAUGCAAACUUUUACGAUCGGGCAUAUACGUUCUUUUCUCGCGUCUUUUUUCGCUCACUUCGCUCGACUGACCGCGAGAAGUUCGAACAAUAGCAGCUCUCGGUAUAUUGCGAAAGUUAUACUCUUUUUCAGAGGAUCUUUUUUUUCCCGCGCGAUUCGCGCUUUAAGUUUCGCGGCAACUUCGUCUCUCGUGAUUAAAUCCUCUCCGGCCCGUAGGCUCUCGAAUCUCAGACGAACACUUUCGCUCAAUAUUUUAAUGUUAUAUUAUAUACAAGUCUUCGAGAGAAGCGCAACAUUCGGUUAACAUCUCUCUGGGUAAUGCGUAACGUUUCGAAUCUCACACACUUGGAGUAUGCUGUAGACGAAGUAGGAGACCAGAUGUGGAGUAUAAAGAGUAAAAGGUUGUAGAGUAUGUGUUGAACAUGACAUAACUAUAAGAUGAUCCAUUGUCUCUUCUGUGCGCGUGAAUUAUAAGUAUAAGUCAGGAAAAAGAAGUAAACAAAAAAUUUAGACGUUAUUGUCAUGAUACGAUAAAAAUCGAUCGAGUACGUCGUAUAAGGGAAAAAAGUAUAUAAGUGAAUAAUAAUAUAUAGUGAAAGGUAAAGUAACGAAAAUAAAGAUAAAUAAAUUUGCUACCGUGAUUGCGAAAGUCACUCGAAUCACUGAAAUUUUUCUUACUCAUCGUGUUUCGUAUAUAUAUGACAUUAAAUAUAUUAUAUAAAUAUAAAAUGACGUUCUAGUUCUUAGCUUGCAAUGUAACUGUUGAUAAGGAAGAAAAAAAAAUUAAAUUAAAUGAUUCAUAUUAUAAUGCGCAGCCUCCGCGUAAAAGUAUAAUAAAUGUUGCAUAUUGAUAAAAAAAAAAAAAGAAAAGACAAACAAAAAAAGUAUAAUACGAUCUGACAGUGUAACUGACAUGAUAUUUUUUUAAAUCGUU